AUGGGUCGAGGUGAGGAGAAAUGGCUCCCUCCGGGAGUCUCUAACAAGACGGGUCACUCGUGGUCCGUCCUCCACCUGACCAUCUUCUACCUCUGCCUGGCCUUGUUCGUCGCCGUGCUCCUGGUCCUCGGAUGGCUCUGCCUCUGCCACGUCGAGAACGACGACGGGAGGAGAGAAAACGAACGGCCUUAUCCUUCGCGGGCCCGUAACAAGGGCCCCACGCCCCAUCUCACUCUGGCUCGAUUCGAGAGGAAGAAGGGGAAGAGGGGUCUUCCUCCCUCGUCCAAGAGGAUUUCCUCCAGGAGGGGGCCUCCCUCGCGACCUCCUCGAUUAUCCUGUCCAGCGUCCCGUGCCAAAUCGUAG